CCGCUGAUGAAGCCCUGCUUGAUGGUUGUUGGCCUUUCACUCCGCUCACCCUAACCUCAAGUCUGUGAGCUUUGUCGCUAAAUUCGCAGCAUGGUCCUCAUUGGAGAAUAUACCAUAAAAUUUUGGCUGGACGAUCUAUCGAAGUCACUCUAUUGCGCUUCCCGAUACACAUGACCUCCGAUCGGACGUCUCCAGAAGUCCCAGCUAAAGACUGCCAAGUCUGCAGAACGCGUCGUAUCUCCUGUGAUAGAACGCUCCCCCAUUGUCGAAAGUGUGCUUCACGGAAACUUCAGUGUCCUGGAUAUGGGAUCAAUCUACGAUGGGGCCAAGGUGUCGCAAGCAGGGGUAAAUUGACGGGACAGGCAAUACCGGUCCAAAAGAAUUCCCAGACAUCGCAGGUCUCUCAUCGCCGAGUAGACAUCGCUGUACCCAAUGUGGACCUUCAACUACCGGCCCGAUGGCCCGGCUUGCCCUUCGACAGCCUUACUGCUCAAUUGCUCGACCACUUCGAUCGAGGCGUUGCUACAAGGCUAGCAUGGGUGGAUGACCUCCACAAUCCUUGGAGAAGCGUAGUAUUACCUCUGUCGCACGACUCAUCAACCGUACGAUAUUCAGUGCUUGCUCUCGCAUCGAAGGACCUUGCGGCCAAGUAUCCAGCAGACCAUCAUUGGGCACAGUCGCUCCAAGCCAUCUCCCGUCACAACCAAAACGUGGCCCUGACCUGGUUAUCAAGAGACAUGAGACACCUACUUCAGGAUCCGACCGCGGCUCAAAGCAAAGAUCAAGCGAGACAUAUCCUCGCUUCUGCUCUCCUUCUCUACAACCUUGAGCUACUAACAGCACCGGCUGCCCAAUGGCGAAUACACAUACAAUGCGCCCGGGAAAUCAUUCAGUGGAACCUACAAUCCGCCAGCAGUGCACUAUACACAAAUGUGGCCGAUGUAUUCCUAUUCUACGAGUACUACUACACGUCUGUCUACAUCGGAUUAACCACAUUCGAUCCAAUCGACCAGCUACAAGAUGACUUCCCGACACAUGACAACGUCACAGUAUUCAGUGACUUCAUUCGAAUCAUGCAUAGCGUGACCCGCGCCGAGCGACAAACAUACACUACGCAGCCCAUCUCGCACCCCGUCCCGAUCGAAUCCACACUCCUAGACAUUGAAAUCGCCAAAGCUCGAAUGAUGCAGAUGAGCCACACAAUCAAGUUCAAAUCAGACCAAGCACGACAGGAUUUUGAAUGCCUAGUAGACAUGUUCUAUCAUGCCACGCUUAUCUACACUUACCGUGUCUUUCCCAACACCAUAUCUCCCGACAAAUGCAUACAAUCUUCGCUCGAUGUGCUUCUCGACCACGCGCUACCCCUAUCAUGCAGCCCCGCCGUCGCGCAGGACCUAGUAUGGCCACUCUUCAUCACAGGUACAGAAUCUAGAGGCAACCCACAGAUGCAGAACCUUGUCGAGACGGCCAUGAUGAACGUGAUCCGAAUGAGUGGGAACCUUGAUCGGAGCCGCGUUCUUUCUUUCCUCAAGACCUUCUGGUCGUUGGAUCUCGAACCUGGUACUACCUGGAUUCAGUAUGCUCGGGACAGGUGUAUCGACUUUAGCUUUUUGGUGAUACUUUGAACAUCAUUGUGGGUUUGUUCAAUGCUAUUCCUGUUCUGUAUAUAUUUAUGAUCGAAAUAAUAUGAGAAUAAAUACCAAUG